AGAAUAACUUUUGACGUCCAUUACACGACCCUGUCGGGUCACCUUUGUUGGCCGCCAAUGCCAUAGGUUAAUAUCUUUCGUUGGGUGGCAACAAAUUCAACUGCUUUGAAAGCUAUGUUACUUUGGAUAUACUCUUUCUUCUCCUGCCAAUUCAACCUUACCCAGACACUGAAAUUCUUUGACAUAUAAAGAGAGAAAAAGAUUGUAAUUGUAACAUAGUACUUUUGGCAUUAAAAAAAAAAAGUGGGAAUACAGAAUCAAGAAUCAUCAUAUCAUAUGUGUUGAAAAUUGUACUGUAAAAUUCCAUCUUUUGUGUGUUUUUGAAAAAUGGGUAGAAAGCAGUCACUGAGGAACAAAGCAGCUCACUUUGUGUCUGAUCUCACCACUGUCAUCCUCAACCCCAUCUCUGACAAACCUUCCAAACCUCAUCCUCAUCCUCCUACACCUCAUGAAGAUGUGAGUGAGUCGAAAAUAAGUCAACUAGAGUCAAUUAACGAAGAGGGUUCUGGGGAUUUAGUGGAUGGGCCUGAUACUUCAUCAUUUAGCGCUUUUCUCUACUCUCUAUUGUCAUCCUCUGAGACUGAAGAUAAAUCAAAAUCAGAUGAGCAAAAGAAUGACGAAGUGGAAUCGGGUGACCUGCAAUCAGACAAUGUAAUUAAAGAAAGUGGUGGGAAGAAAAGUUUGUUUUCUAGGGGAAAACAAUCACUUGGUAGAGCUAUGUACAAGGCUGCAAGAAUUGGUGGCUAUCGAUCCCAGGAUCGUAAGGGUGACUCUGAGAUGAAAGUUGAUGGGAAUGAUGCUGCUGAAUUAGCUGGAGUUGAGAUGAAGAAUGUGCAAAAUGAGAAAGAGUGUCUGGCUUUGAUCGAAGUCCCAGACAUUUCUGAACCUUCUUUGCUUCUUUCAGAGAAAACCAGAAGUGCUCUUUAUGCAUCACUUCCCACACUUGUUCAGGGGAGGAAAUGGUUAUUGCUCUAUAGUACAUGGAGGCAUGGCAUAUCACUUUCAACCCUGUACAGAAGGAGCAUGCUUUGGCCUGGAUCCAGCUUGCUGGUGGUUGGAGACCGUCGAGGUGCAGUAUUUGGUGGCAUGGUUGAGGCCCCUCUAAGACCAACCGACAAGAGAAGAUAUCAGGGAACAAAUGAUACAUUUGUUUUUACAAAUAAACCGGGUCAUCCUGUUGUAUUCCGCCCCACAGGUGUAAAUCGCUAUUUCACUCUGUGCUCCACCGACUUUCUAGCAAUUGGUGGAGGUGGUCACUUUGCACUGUAUUUGGAUGGUGAUCUUUUGAAUGGAUCAAGUUCUGUUUCGGAAACAUAUGGAAACCCUUGUCUUGCACACACUGAAGACUUUGAAGUGAAGGAAGUUGAGUUGUGGGCCUUUGUAUAUGCUUCAAAGUACGAGGAAAUACUUUCUUUAAGCCGAACAGAGGCACCUGGGAUUUGCAGGUGGUAAGUGCUCUGCAAACUCAUUUGAUGAUUGGCCACCUUCUUAGUGAGGUAGCAGCUUUGUACUGUUGCAUAAUGCUGAUUGCUGAUUAUCUUCCUAGUUGAGAACUGAGAGUGGACGGUCUUUUGUACAUACCAAGAUAUGCUCCAACUCGGUAUAUUUUUGUACAUAUGUAUUCGCCCCGGUAUAUACAAAGAGGGCUUGUGUUUUUUGAACUGCCAGUUUUGGGUAAAAGCUGAAUGCUGAUGGUAUACUGGUUGAUAAUA